AAUCACAAGUUGCGGGAGGCGGAGCGAAGCCUGUUGCUCUGAGAGGUGACGUUUCCUUCCUUGCGCAUGCGCAGACGGAUGGUGAGAAGAUGGUGAUCAUCAAGGAGUACCGUGUGGUCUUGCCAUGCUCGGUAGAAGAGUACCAAGUGGGCCAGCUUUUCUCUGUGGCUGAGGCCAGCAAAAACGAGACCGGUGGUGGAGAGGGCAUCGAAGUGCUGAAAAAUGAACCGUACGAAAAAGAGGGGGAAAAAGGACAAUACACGCACAAGAUCUACCACUUAAAGAGUAAAGUGCCUGGUUUUGUGAAGAUGAUCGCACCAGAGGGGGCUCUAGUAUUCCAUGAAAAAGCCUGGAACGCCUAUCCAUACUGCCGUACUAUUGUGACGAAUGAAUACAUGAAAGAUGACUUUAUGAUCAAAAUUGAGACAUGGCACAAACCAGAUAUGGGCUUCACAGAAAAUGUACAUGCAUUAGACCCCGAGACAUGGAAGACUGUCGAGGUGGUGCCCAUCGACAUAGCAGAUAAAUCCCAAGUGGAGUCUGGAGACUAUAAGCCAGAAGAAGACCCUGCACUCUUUCACUCAGAGAAGACAGGCCGAGGUCCACUAGGCCCGAACUGGAAGGCAGAGCUCAGUGCAAAGACAGACACUCCGCGAAUGUGUGCAUACAAACUUGUCACCGUGAAGUUCAAGUGGUGGGGCCUUCAAAGCAAAAUAGAGCACUUCAUCCACAAACAAGAGAAAAGGAUCUUCACCAACUUCCACCGGCAGCUCUUCUGCUGGAUCGACAGGUGGGUUGAGCUCACCAUGGACGACAUCCGGCGGAUGGAGGCUGAGACACAGAAGGAGCUAGAGGAGAUGCGUCAUAAAGGCAAAGUAAGAGGCACAACAGCGGCUGAAGAUUAGGCGUUAACCAUCUGAUAGGCAUUCAGGUGGAAUGAGAUCCCUUCGUAAAACCGGUCAGGUACGAGGCACCAGUGCUGCUCAUGAACAAUGAGGCAAAACUAAAGAAUCCUACUGCAAUUUGCUGAUGAAGGAAUGACGACGCGACACACAAGCAAAGAUGGCCUGUGGCGUGUUCGAGUCCUCCACCAGAACGAUGGGAACAUCCUAAACAAUCAGUAGUACUGUAGCCACCUCAACAUCUUACUCAGCACACCAAACAGCCUCACACUGACACAGAGACUCUCACACCUAUAUCUACUUGCCUAUAAUGACGUCAUUGGAGAACAACAGUACAACUUGUGCUUUAGAAUUGGAAAUUAAUUGGAUUAUUUUAGAAAUAAUUAAGGUUUAGUGAUAUUCCUUUAAACUCAGUGGCAGGCAUUGGACCAAUUUUAACUGUCUGGUAUGGCAAUAUCCCAAUGUUCACUGUAGGUCUUGAGUGUUUUUUUUUUCUUCUUCAUGCUGUGUUUCACAAUUUAAACCUUUUUUUUCCCCCAUAUUUUUCUCUUCUCAGAUUAAGCACUUAUGUCAGUGGGAUUGAGGUGUUUUUAUUUUUUAAUUAUUAGUAAUAAUCAUGGUUAUAUUUUAGCCUGUUACGUAGUGGCUUAUAAUAGCUUUGUCUUUCUUGUUUUGUUUGUUCUAGAAAAUAUUAUGCUGUUGUAUGAAGGGAGUAAUCUGCAGCUAGAAAAGCAAGCACACGCUCACACACGCACACAAUUUGCCAUCAAUCAUUCUGUCACAUUGGGUGAAGCACACACAGACCACAGAACUUCUUUGGUUAGUGGAUUUGCAUGAGCUUAGCUAUGCCAUGACAGAGCAGGUGUUUUUUGUUUUGUUUCGUGCUCUUUUUUUUUUUCCCCCUGACUGGAGGUCUUCCUGUCCUCAGAGGGGCCUCCGUCCUCAGCACUGAGUGGAGUGUAGAUUCAGACCGUUUAUUGGAGCGUUGAUUCCUUCCAUGAUUCAGACUAACUACCAGUGCAAUUACUGCUGCUUUUCUAGUGCUCUUAGAGCAAGUGGUAUGCUGCUAGAUCUCCAAUGUCCAUGUAUUUUCUGGUGCUGAAAUGCUAAUACUCCAAGGGUCAAGAUUUUCGAGCACCUAAAAAUAAAAAUAAAGAAAAAUUACUUCUAUGCUUCAUGCAUGUAUGUUGAUGCUUCAGAUUUAGAGAUAUAUAUGAGACGCUGUCUGAAACAGGCCUUCUGAGAAACUUCUCAUGUCCAUGUAGCAAAAAAAACCAAAACCAAAAAAAAAACAAAACAAAACAAUGUUUAGCUUUCUUGCACUGGUCACACAAGAGACUGAACCUGCUAUACAGGGCUUUUUUGACUUUUCUCUACAAUGUGCUUUACAUAGUAUGUGUACAGUUUUCUAUCAUAGAGACUUUAAGAGAUUGGUGAUAUUACAUUAUUUCAUUAUGUUCAUAGAGAGGUGAGAAUGCCAGACAUAUCUGUAUAAGAUUUUUAACUGUAGAUAUCCACUUUUAUAUUUUGUAGUCUGUGAUAGACUGCAGGGUUUCCUGAACAGCUGAAGGUUGGAUUUUGGAAGCAAAGGUGUGCCUGAUGCUCCGUAACCCUCCCAACCUUCUCACUUCUCCCCCUAUUGGUAUAUAACGAGACAUUUAUUGAUGGAUGUGGUGAAUUUGAAGUGAAUCUUUUUGACACAAUCAAUGGAUUAUUAUUUUUUUUUUAAAGAAUAAUAUCCUCGAUAUCCUCGCACUUAUCAGCUGUUGUGAAUGUUGAAUGAAUUGCUGGAGUUGGCAGCAUCUUUUUCAGGUUCAAUCACUAGGUGAAUGCCAGCCUCAGUGCCAUCAACUGUUUGGUCUGAAUGCAGAAACCUCUCUCAGUGGGUUUUGUUUACCUGUUUUCUUGAGCAUCACAGUGGAAGCCUUGAGGAAAUUUUUAGUAAAGCUUUACAUGAGACUUGACUGUGGAGUACUAUCAUGCUGCCACUGAGUUUCUCAUAAAUUCUUUUGUUCACUUUUAUACACUGAAACCACUCUCUGAAUAUCGGGAGGGAGGGAACAUGAGGGUCUCGGACAAGAUGAUGUAUAAAAUAGAUAUACUUUAAUCAUGUAAUCAUAAAGAUCUUGCAAGUCUGUUAUUUGAGGAAGAAUUGUAACUAUUUUUUUUUGAUCUGUUGAAUUUCAGGGGAAAUAUCAGUGAAUGUACAAUUAAAAUUUUUCUUUCUUUUUUUUUUCUCAAUUGGACAAAAAAGGUCUUGAUAAUGGAGCUGAAUGGAACUGAAUAUGUAAUAAAUUUCUCAAGUCUCUUU